CUUGGGACCGGCGCUGUAUUUGACUUUGUACGGCUCCCUCGCUUCUAUAUACUCUGCUCUGCUACGUAUACACACGUACUCAUUCCACAAUGGCCUCCCGGCGCGCAGUACUGCCGCUGCGCAGCCUCCUCAACAGGCAAUGCGCCGGCACCCUCCGCCUGCAACAGAGAGCGUCCAGCUCCUCAUCCACACAAGCACUCGCCUACAAGGCCCUCCACCGCCGCAUCGCGCCGCUCCCAACCGAAGACCGCCCUCCGGCAUGGUCGGCGCCCGCUGCCGUCAGCAACAUUCUCUACGAGACACCGCUUCCAUCACAGGCCCCACCAAAGAGUCACAUCCUCAAUUGCCUGGUCCAGAACGAGCCCGGUGUGCUGUCCCGUGUAUCCGGUAUCCUGGCUGCCCGUGGCUUCAACAUUGACAGUCUGGUCGUCUGCAACACCGAGGUGGAUGAUCUCUCGCGCAUGACAAUUGUGCUCCAAGGUCAGGAUGGCGUUAUAGAACAGGCCCGCCGCCAAUUGGAGGACCUAGUCCCCGUCUGGGCUGUGCUCGACUACACCGAGUCACCCCUCGUUCAGCGCGAGCUGCUUCUCGCAAAGGUCUCGAUUCUCGGACCUGAGUACUUUGAGGAGCUCCUUGCACACCACCGCGAAAUGGCCCAGCCGCCGGAGACGGAUCGUCACGAAACCGAGAACAUGUCAGAGGAUGAGCGCAACGCUGCGGCACACGAAGCUGCUCGUGAGUCGCUGAGGAAGGACUACCACCCCACAAACUUGCCCAUCAGCCAGGCGCUCCGACACAAGCAUGAGCAUCUACGCGCCAUCACCUUCAUGACUCAUCAAUUUGGCGGCAAAGUCCUUGACAUCAGCACCAACAACUGUAUAGUAGAGCUUUCGGCAAAGCCCACCAGGAUCGACUCUUACAUGAAGCUGAUUGCACCAUUCGGCAUUCUCGAAUCGGCGAGAACUGGUCUAAUGGCUCUACCCCGCUCUCCUCUCCAUAACAGCGCAGAAAUCGAGGAGAUGGAGGCACAAGACGUUGUCGACAACAGCCUGCUUCCCCCAGGUUAAGCACUGAAAAAAGCGGUCAAGUCUGUUCGGGGCCAACAUAUGCAGGUGUUGCAUAUCAUGUGUAUAGUAUGGUGUUUCUCCAGAGGCAGUACUCUAUAUGGGAGGUAGGCUGUGACAUUGCUUCAUGUAUUCCAAGACCAAAAAAAAAUAAUCGUCUUCGAUAUGAGUGACCAGUAAUGCAAAAUAUUUCAAUGUUGCAAACUACGUA